AUGGGUCUAUUCAAGAAACCACAAACUGAAGUUUUUUUAAAAGAUGCUCUUUAUCCCUCUCAAGAAGUUUCUGAUAUUAGAGGCGUUUUUGAGAAAAUGAUGAGUUUUGUUAGUGAACUUCAAGUUGUACCUACAUCUGUUGUAACUGAAGGACCAUUGGAACCAGGUUUGACUAACUCCCGGUCAACAGAUGUACCUAAGGAUUCUUCAGUUCCAUUCCAACUUACCACAACUCAAAACCAAUUCCAUUGCCAUAUUGUGACAACCCUUCCCCCAUCCCAAUUCCAUUCGACUUCACCUUCACCUCCACCAUUGAUGAAACAACCUUCUUCUGUUGUCCCCGUUUCUGCCCUUAAACCACCCCUCAAUGUACAAAGAAACAUUGGAAUCCCAUUGCUUCAACCCUUUCCACCUCCCACUCCACCGCCAUCACUAACUCCGAAUUCCAAUUCUGCCCCGUUUUAUGGACCACUAACUAGGGAAAAAGUUCGACCAAAUCAGUGUUGA